GCUGAAGGGAGAGUCAGGCCAGAUAACUGGGAGAAAGACUGCAGGACGGGAUAGCCCAUCAUCCACUGGCAGUGGAAGAAAACAAAUAUUAAGAGUGACACCGGUCCUGCUGAUGUCACCCGUUUGUAGACCUUCCUUGCGGUGCCAGCAAUGGAGUCCAACAGUCUGAUCCGAGGGCUGCUCUUCCUCCUCCUCACAGUGGUGGGCGUCCCGGGGAACAGCCUGGUGAUCUGGGCCUUUGUCCGGGUGGCGAGCCACGACCGGCGCCUCCUGCCUGCGGACGCCAUCGUGCUGCACCUGGUCUCGGUGAACCUGCUGGUGGUGGUCGUCCGCUGUCUCCCGGAGACGCUGGCCACCUUUCGGCUGGUCGCCAUCUAUAAUGACGCCAGCUGCCGUGGCAUCAUCUACGUGUUCCGCACCGCCCGCACCCUCUCUAUCUGGCUCACCUUCGUGCUGAGCGCUUACCAGUGCCUAAGCGCUGCCCCGCCGGGAUCCCGCUGGGCCCAGGUGCGUGCCACCGUUGCCCACCACCUGAGCUUCAUCUUCCUGGCGCUGUGGCUGGUGAAUUGCAUUGUCAGCUGCCCGGCGGCCAUCUACUCCCUGGGUUCCCGCGACAACUCCAGCCUCAUGGAGCACAGCAUCAAUGCGCAGUUCUGCCUGGUGCAGUUCCCCUCCGGCCUUGCCAGGGACGCAAAUGGAGCAGUGCAGACUGCCCGUGACGUGGUGCCCAUGGUCUUCAUGACCAUGGCAAGCAUAAUCAUCCUGGUCUUCCUCUACCGCCACAGCCAGCAGGUGAAAGGCCUCCGUGGCGGAACCAGUGGAAAGUCCAGGCCCUCGGCAGAAAGGCGGGCUGCCAAAGCCGUCGUUACCUUGGUGACCAUGUACGUGGUGUUCUACGGCGUCGACAAUGGCCUGUGGGUGUACACCAUCACCGUGACUCAGACCCUGAGCUCCGCGCUGGUGUCUGACCUCCGAGUCUUCUUCGCCUCCCUUUAUGCUUCUGUAAGCCCCAUCGUCAUCAUCAUCUCCAACAAGAAAGUGAGUCGACAGAUUCAGUGCCAGUCAGAGGAGAGCACUGCCCGGACCCCGGAUGCUGCCCUUUCCGCUGCCUGAGAUCGGAUUCGGCUUCUCGUUGAAACGAUCCACUUCCCAUGUGUGUACAGACGCAGUUAGGUGAGGCAGAACUUCAUUGUUCAUCACAGGGCAAGAGACCAACGGUGGUCUUUGAAUAUUCAUGUUAUGCUCCUCUUGAAAUUGUCGCCUGUAGAGGAUGUUGCCUGAUAGGACUGUGGGGGCGACUACUAACAACGCUUACAGUCCUGCGCUGUCGACUGAAGAUCGGCUGGAGCCACCUGACACCAACUGCUCUUCUGAAAGCCUCAUGUGAAAUUGUUAUUUAUAUCAGGGACGCCAACUUUGAUCAGCUGGCUGGAGUGAGAUUUUCACAGUGGAGUGUCUGCACAUACAUGUAAACACAUUUACAUGUAUGUAACAGUUUUAUUACCUUGUAAAUAGUCUGUAAGGUUUGCAAACUGUCCUAACACUUUUGGUGUCGCUACUUUUAGGUAUAUAAUGGAAUAAAAUAGAUUUUCUGUAAGAUUUCUUGCGUCUGAAAGUGCAGUUAAAUGCCAGAUGAGUGAGACCUGGCGAACCUGCAGUUUGCUUGCUAAAGGUGAUGUAGUUGUGCAACCAGGUCCAUCAAUGUAUUGAAUGAUGAAACAAUGGAACCAUUAAAAUGCUUUUUGUAUA